AUGGCUGUGGACGGACAACGCUUCAUGACCAAGACACAACACUAUCGUAAGGUCACCAAACCACUGCUGGAGCGGAAGCGACGCGCGCGCAUGAAUCUCUACUUGGACGAACUGAAGGAUCUCAUUGUGGACACAAUGGAAGCGCAAGGCGAACACAUCGCCAAACUGGAGAAGGCCGACAUUCUCGAGUUGACCGUCAACUAUUUGCGUACACAUAAACACGAAAUCGCCGCAAGCGUUGCACAGCAUCAUGCCGCCAGCGGUCCAGCUGAACGUGGCAUAAAUGUGGAGAAAUUCCGCGCUGGCUAUACGCAAGCCGCCUACGAAGUGUCGCGCGUGUUCGCCACAGUACCGGGUCUGAAUGCGAAAUUCGGCACAAAACUCAUGAAACAUUUGGGUUAUCAGCUGAAGGAUUUGCAACAGCCAGCGCCAGUAGCCAACGCUGCCGCUAGUGAGGAGGCGCUCAAUUUGGAGGUGGUCAAACGCGCGGCAUCGGCAUCACCCACCGCUUCUUCGCAUGCUGAUGAACAUAUGAGGCGCGCUUACCAACAACAACAACACCAACUACAAAUGUGCGAUAAUUUGCAGCGCUUGAGGGACUUGCAUGCAGACGAGCAACACGGUGAAUGUUUGUGGCGCCCUUGGUAG